AUGCGUAGGUCCCCACGACUACUGUCUUCUACUCCUUCUACUGUAGCAUCGGAUAAGGGGAAUACCAAAGAGGCCAAGGAGGGGGCGGAUCAGACGAAGGAGGCUCCAGCUGGUACCGCAGGGAGGGACUUGGCCGAGAAGCCUAGGGAUUUCGACGAGGUAGGGAAGGGAAAGAGUUGGCCAAGAGAACCCAUUGAAGAUAUACUUCACAUGAGCAUGGCCAACAUGUGCUCGUUUUGA